UUUGGGGAGGUGACCCGCGGUACGACAGCAGACCAAAGACACAAAACGUCGGGGGGUCUGAAAGCUGAAUUGUUUGAUUGCUAAGAAACGAAUCGAAAACACCCAAUAGACAGUGAGACCAAAGCUAUAAUUGAGUAUAGAGUAUAAUAGUGAUCAACUGUUUGAUGAAUAUUCCUAAGUACUCUCUUUACUGCUACUUCAAUUCUUGUCACCUUUCUCAUUGAAAUGGAUGGAUUAUAUCUUUCACCCACCUCCAUUAUCAUCUUCUUUUUAGUAUUGCAUUUGUCGCCACCCCUUUCUUUGUUUCAACAACCAUGAUAAUGGACCCUGCUACCUCUCGCCCUGCUCUAGUCAUUGAUAAUGGAACUGGGUAUACUAAAUUGGGUUUUGCUGGAAAUGUUGAACCAAGUUUUAUUUUACCGACGGUGGUUGCUGUUAAUGAGUCGUUUCUGAAUCAGACUCGAGCUACGACUAAGAACAGCAACUGGCUAGCGCAGCAUAGUGCAGGGGUUAUGGCGGAUCUGGAUUUUUUUAUUGGGGAAGAGGCAUUGACUAGAUCUAAAUCUAGUAAUACUUAUAAUCUUAGUUAUCCUAUUAAACAUGGUCAAGUUGAUAAUUGGGAUGCUAUGGAGCGUUUUUGGCAGCAAUGUAUAUUUAAUUAUCUUCGUUGUGACCCUGAGGAUCACUAUUUUUUAUUGACUGAAAGCCCCAUGACUGCACCAGAAAGUCGAGAAUAUACCGGUGAGAUUAUGUUUGAGACUUUCAAUAUACCGGGGCUUUAUAUUGCUGUGCAGCCGGUGCUUGCUUUGGCGGCUGGGUAUACAACAUCUAAGUGUGAGAUGACUGGAGUUGUAGUGGAUAUUGGAGAUGGUGCUACUCAUGUUGUACCUGUUGCUGACGGUUAUGUUAUCGGGAGCAGCAUUAAGUCAAUCCCUAUUGCUGGAAGAGACGUUACACUCUUCAUUCAACAGCUCAUGAGGGAAAGGGGGGAGCAUGUUCCACCGGAGGAUUCCUUCGAAGUAGCCCGGAAAGUGAAGGAAAUGUAUUGUUACACUUGUUCAGACAUUGUCAAGGAGUUUAAUAAGCAUGACAAAGAGCCAGGGAAGUACAUAAAACAUUGGAGAGGUACAAAACCAAAGACAGGAGCACCUUAUUCAUGUGAUGUUGGCUAUGAGCGAUUUCUUGGUCCCGAGGUUCUCUUCAAUCCCGAAAUAUAUAACAGUGAUUUUACAACUCCUUUACCUGAUGUGAUAGACAAAUGUAUUCAGUCUGCACCUAUAGACACAAGAAGAGCUUUAUAUAAGAAUAUUGUUUUAUCUGGAGGAUCCACCAUGUUCAAAGACUUCCAUAGAAGAUUGCAACGAGAUAUCAAGAAGAUUGUGGAUGCUCGUGUUCUUGCAUCAGAUGCUCGGUUAGGUGGAAAUGUAAAAGCACAACCAGUUGAAGUGAAUGUGGUCAGCCAUCCUAUUCAGAGAUAUGCAGUUUGGUUUGGAGGAUCUGUACUUGCUUCUACUCCUGAAUUUUUUGCAGCUUGCCAUACAAAGGCUGAAUAUGAGGAAUAUGGAGCUAGCAUAUGUCGCACAAACCCUGUAUUUAAGGGAAUGUACUAACUACAAUCAGUGAAGGCAUUUCUCAUCGUCAUGUUCUCCUCCCAAUACCCUGAUCCUUGCCCUACUUCUCAACUUCGGUUUGCAAUCCUACAUCCAUGAGGACUGUGUAUGUUAACAGGUUAUUGGAGGCAGUACAUUGUAGAUUUCAUUCAUUGAACUGUGAGAAAACAAGAUUCUUGUAUUCUUUCCAUAGGAAGCACAUCUGUCCUGCACCUUCAGGAUACGGUUGACCACCCUUGGUAGGGCCGGUUGGCACUUCAAUGGCAGAUAAGUUUCACCGAACAAUUGAACAUUACCUGAGCUGAAUGUCAUUUUCUGAGUGUUCGGUUGAGUCAGAGGGCUACAAGUAUACUUAGUUUCAAGGAAAAAUAAUAAGCUGUCAUACGAUUUGGGGUUUGAUUAGGAGGAUUGUAGGAUCAUUUAUAUUCUUUUUCUCUUUUUUCGCUUUAAUUGAAACUUUGAAUGUUAUAUAGCUACACUUGUACAUUAUUCUCACUGUUGGGGAAACCUUUUUAUUCUUUUUCCAGAAUAAUGUAUCAUAGAUUUUGCAUUU